GGCGGGGGGUCAUUCGCGGGGCGUCUACCUUGCUAACCGGCAGCAUGGCCGCGCGGAGGACACCGCAUGGGUUUAAUUUGUUCCUGGAGGAAGAGGCGGGCUGCCGUGUCUUGCAUCCCACGGAGGGGAGAAUUUCAGCGGUUUGUGCAGAGUUCAGCUAGGUAUUGAUUUCCAGAUCUCAAGCAAUGUGCUUCGUUACACGCGAAGAAGUCCAGUGCAUCGUGUCAAAAGGUCGUAUCCCCGCUUCUGCGUAAUUCCCAUCGCCAAAGUCAGAAAUGAAGAAAGAAGUCCUGAGUGCCCUUGGAAGAAGAAACCCAUCCAAAUGACAAAUAUGCUUAGCCUAAGACGUUUUUCUCCAAUUGCAACAAGAUGUUUUAACUGUCGAACUUGGAGCAGCGACACUUUGUUGAAUCAACUCAAUAACUUUACAAAUGAACACCAAGUGUUCAAUCUUGUUUCCAAGAACAGAGCCAGACUCUCUGAAAAACACGUGAAAAGUGCAAUUAAGAAACUUGUGCAGGUGCAAAGGAAGAGACCUUGGUCCUCAGAAACCAUGGCUUACAUAAGAAGUCAUUCUCAGUUUUUUGUACUUCGCAUCUUGGCAGAAAAUAAGAUUGAAUGUAUGGAUAAUGAAGCAUUGAUAGAUGUGUUAUAUAGUAUGCUCUGGUUUGAUGUUGAUGCCCAUGACUCACUUGUAGAAGAGUUGGUUAUAGAAGGCUGGAAGCGAUUAAAUGAACUGACUCCACCUCUGCUCUCUAAAUUUGCAUUGUGUGUACAUGAACAACAACUACAUCAUAGUCCACUCAUGGGUGACAUAGCUGAUAUGGCAGAUAAAAAAUUGGAUUCCAUACAGGAUUCAAGGGCUUUGUCCGUUGUAAUGAACUGCAUAUCUUCUGUUAUCUCAUGGAAUUUUAAAAAACGGUUAAUAGAAAAAGCAGAAGGCUUGUUUGAAAGAACAAACAUCUCAGUCAAUGACGCCAGGCGAUUUGUACAGUUUCUCCGGAAUGUCGGUUUGUUAAGUGAAAAGAUCCUACUAAUCGCAGAUGAUUUGGAUCGAUACCAAACGUUAAUUGUGGCGGAAAAAAUGCAAGAAGUACAAUACAGAAAUCCACUACUGAUUCAAAAGAUUAUAUCCCUCUUUCACAAAUACUUGGAUCAGUAUAAACCAUACGAGCUUUUGAGAAUGACAAAUGUGCUAGCCAUGCUGCAUUGGCCCAAAUCUGACCUAUAUUCCAAAUUACAACAAUUGACAAUCUGCCAUUUACAAGUUAAAAGAGUCCCCGCUGAUGUUCUCAUGCUGGUCCACGUUCUCUCUAAUCUUCCUUCUCCUUAUGUGGAUGAAGCUGUAGUUACUCAAAUUGAUGCUGUCCUACCUCAGUGCAAUCUGAAUCAGCUCAAUAGCUUUACCAUAGAUCUCCUAAAAUGGAUGAAACAUCAUAAGCCGAAUCAGAAAAGCUAUUCCGGACCAUACGGGACACUUUUGCAAAAAGUUAACAAUUGCGCAUUUCAGAGACUUGAGAGAAUGAACAAUUUGGAUCUUUUGCUGAAGGAAUUCAGAUACUUAAACGGGAAAUGGUUUCAGGAAGUGCUUCUCGGGAAGACCAUAGCUGCUUUACGUCAAUUGCGAGAUCAGAUCACACCAUCAAAUGUCGUGAAGUUUGCAUCCUUUCUGAUUGGAACCAACUAUCGCUGUCCACUGUUACUGGACAGAAUAGCUGCAGUUGCCACCGAACAUAUUGAUCAGAUUUACUAUUCAGAAGUACAUGUUAUUCUUGUUCUAUUUUCUUUAUUUAAUUAUGAACCCCCUGAAUCUGAGAAAUUUUUUGAGGCUUGCAUUAACCAUAUCAGUCUUCACUUGGUUCUACCAUGGAAAUCAGCAAGGAAGUCCUCCCUCCAGCUGAUGGAGCUGAAUCGAGCUGUGUGUUUGGAGUGCCCUGAGCUUCAGAUUCCAUGGUUUCAUAAACGCUUCUGUGAACAGAUGAAGGAAAAAAAGACUGAUUCAUCCAGUCUGUUGCAACAGCAGAUAUAUAUACUACUUGGAGAAAUCCUAGGAAGAAGUCAUUAUGCCAGAUGUUCUGCACUCACGUCUUACUACUAUAGAAUUGAUUUUGAAUUUAUGAUUGGCAAAAACAGGAAACCUGUGCCAUAUAUAGACCAACAUGUUGCCGUUCCCAAUUCAGACAACAUAGGUUGUGCAGAAGCUAAUCACUCCUGUGGAAGGAAAGGGCUACCAUCAGGAUUUCAAAGGAUUGCUGUGGAAUUCCUUGAUUCAGAAGCUUUCUGCAAAAAUUCAAAUCACGUCAAAGGAUAUAUUGCCAUGAAAAAGCGGCAUUUAGAGAUUCUUGGUUAUCAAGUUGUUCAGAUCCCUCACUAUGAAUGGAAUUCCAUGGGAUUGUCAUCCACGGAAGCAAAGACUGAAUAUUUAGAAAAGAAAAUAUUUGAAAAGCUUUGAUAUCCUAGUAUGGAGAAAAAAAUAACAAUUUUUAUACGGACUGUAACAUUGAAAAUUAAUUAUUUUUAGCCUUCAAUAAACUUUUUUUUUUAAUGAAGACUAUGUUGCAUCUGGAGAUUUCGCAUUUGGAAUUGCAGAGGGCAAAGUGCAUUGCACAAUUUACAUUUCUUGCACAAGGUGUGACCAUUUUUGGCCUAGCAAAUUAUCUAAGCCGUAGUUAUAAAAAUUGACCACCGGGCUACACAGCACAUGAGCCUAUCCUUGAGGAGUGCUUAGAAGUUGCUUUUGUUGCAAAAUCUAAUAACUAGGCUGCUACCGAGUACCCAAUCUAUUAUUCUCAUGUUGGAAGACUUGCAAUAGUUGAUAUCUGAUGUUGGCCACAAUUUAAGGUAUGUAUUUGCACUGCUAACGUACUAAAUGUCUUCUGACCUGACAUGAAGGACUCCUCUUUUGUUAUAAACUUCUCCAGGAAUGAAAGGUAGCUGAAGGCCGAUUCAGGGAAGAGCUUUCUCAUAUAACUCUUGAGCCAUGGAAUAGAUUCAUUGGAAAGCUUCACUGCUAUUGAUUCAGUUUGAACCGCCAUUCAUAAUUAUUUAUAACACAAGAUUUAUUUUUAUUAUUAGUUGCCUUGCAUAUGCAAGGCCAGCCAAGCAGAAUUUGAUUUAUUUA